GGAGGUCACGUGAUGGUUUCAAUAUGGCGGCGCCGUGUUGCUGUCUAGCCUCAACACCUCCACCUCUGAGGGAAUCGCGCGUCUUCCGGCUCAUGGAGUUCCUCUGCGGCCGGAACCUCUGAGCGCCGAUCCCGCUCCGGUAAGGGCAGGCCGGGACGAAGGUCUUUCUAAGUGCAAGAAGGCCAUGCAGUUCCCGGCCCGCGAGGAGAACACUCGCACGAAGAGUAUGUUCGUCUCACGGGCCCUGGAGAAAAUCCUCUCCGAGAAGGAGGUGAGGCGUCCCCCUCACGGACAGCUGAGGAGAGCCUGUCAAGUGGCACUUGAUGAAAUAAAAGCAGAAUUAGAAGAACAAAGCCAAGGCAGCGAAACCAUACCAAAAGCAAACUUCAUUGAAGCUGAUAAAUAUUUUCUCCCAUUUGAGUUGGCCUGCCAAUCAAAAUCUCCACGGAUUGUCAGCACCUCUUUGGAUUGUUUACAGAAACUCAUUGCUUAUGGACAUAUCACUGGCAAUGCUCCAGACAGUGGAGCUCCUGGAAAGCGCCUGAUUGACCGCAUAGUUGAAACAGUAUGCAACUGCUUUCAGGGUCCUCAGACUGAUGAAGGAGUACAGUUACAAAUAAUAAAGGCUCUUCUCACUGCUGUCACAUCUCCAUAUAUAGAAAUUCAUGAAGGAACAAUCCUUCAGACUGUUAGAACAUGUUAUAACAUCUACUUGGCCAGUAAAAAUCUCAUUAAUCAAACAACUGCCAAGGCUACUCUCACUCAAAUGCUGAACGUCAUUUUCACACGGAUGGAAAACCAGGCUAUACAAGAGACAAGAGAACUAGAAAAAUCAAAUCAACAAAAACCCCAGUCUCCUAUGAUUCAUACCAUGUCAGGGUCUCCUAAAUUUGGCCGAUUGAAAUAUAGUCAACAAGAAAGCAAACCCUCAACUCCUGUGAAAGCAGACUUGACUAAUGGAGAGCCUGAAAAAAAAGAAAAUGGAGAUGACAAACGAAACUGAUGUCCCUGGGCCUCAGACAGCUGCCAAGUUCUCCCAUAUCCUUCAGAAAGAUGCCUUUCUUGUAUUCCGGUCAUUGUGCAAACUUUCAAUGAAACCACUUGGUGAUGGGCCUCCAGAUCCCAAAUCUCACGAAUUGCGCUCUAAAAUAGUAUCACUUCAGCUGCUGCUUUCGGUUUUGCAAAAUGCUGGUCCAGUCUUCAGGACACACGAAAUGUUUAUAAAUGCAAUCAAGCAAUACCUUUGUGUAGCAUUGUCUAAAAACGGAGUGUCUUCUGUUCCUGAUGUGUUUGAGCUUUCUCUUGCAAUCUUCCUUACCCUUCUUUCAAAUUUUAAGAUUCACUUAAAAAUGCAAAUUGAGGUGUUUUUCAAAGAGAUCUUCCUGAACAUUUUAGAAACUUCCAGUAGCUCUUUUGAGCACAAGUGGAUGGUUAUUCAGACUCUGACUAGGAUUUCUGCAGAUGCCCAGUGUGUAGUGGACAUAUAUGUUAACUAUGACUGUGACUUGAAUGCUGCUAAUAUCUUUGAACGGCUUGUAAAUGAUUUAUCUAAAAUUGCACAAGGACGUAGUGGACAUGAGUUAGGCAUGACACCACUACAGGAACUAAGUCUAAGGAAGAAAGGUCUUGAAUGUUUGGUCUCUAUUUUAAAGUGCAUGGUUGAAUGGAGCAAGGACCUAUAUGUGAAUCCAAAUCAUCAAGCCAGCCUUGGCCCAGAUAAACCUUCAGACCAAGAAAUAGGGGAAGGAAGAUGUUUGGAAAUUGGAGGGCGAAGAAGCAGUGCAAGUUCUUUAGAUUCAACUGUAUCCUCAGGAAUUGGGAGUGUUGGUAUGCAGUCUGCUCUUGUUGAUGAUCCAGAACAAUGUGAGGUCAUCAAGCAACAAAAGGAGAUAAUUGAACAUGGGAUUGAACUAUUUAACAAGAAAGCCAAGAGAGGACUACAAUAUUUGCAAGAACAGGGAAUGCUUGGAGAAACAGCUGAAGACAUAGCACAGUUUUUUCAUCAAGAAGAGCGCCUGUGUUAUAGCCAAGUGGGAGAAUUUCUGGGGGAUAGUAACAAAUUUAACAAGGCGGUGAUGUAUGGCUAUGUAGACCUGCUUGAUUUCUGUGGAAAGGACUUUGUCUCUGCUUUACGCAUAUUUCUGGAAGGAUUUCGGUUACCUGGUGAAGCUCAGAAGAUUGACAGACUAAUGGAAAAGUUUGCUGCUAGAUAUAUUGAAUGCAACCAAGGCCAAACUCUCUUUGCCAGUGCUGACACUGCUUAUGUUUUAGCAUAUUCUAUUAUAAUGCUGACAACAGACCUGCAUAGCCCUCAGGUAAAGAAUAAGAUGACAAAAGAACAAUACAUUAAAAUGAACCGUGGGAUCAAUGAUAGCAAAGAUCUUCCAGAAGAAUAUCUGUCUACAAUUUAUGAUGAAAUUGAAGGAAAGAAGAUUGCAAUGAAGGACACAAAAGAAUAUUCAAUCACAACCAAAUCUACUAAACCGAGUGUAGCCAAUGAGAAGCAGCGACGGUUGUUAUACAAUCUAGAAAUGGAACAAAUGGCAAAGACUGCGAAAGCCCUCAUGGAGGCAGUAAGCCAUGCAAAGGCACCCUUUACUAGUGCAACCCAUCUGGAUCAUGUCAGACCUAUGUUCAAACUUGAGCGAGAUGCUUAUGUUCAGGCACUUGCUCGCUUUUCCUUGUUGACUGCCAGCUCCAGCAUCACAGAAAUGAAGCAGAAGAACAUAGAUACAAUUAAAACACUUAUUACAGUGGCACACACUGAUGGCAAUUAUCUGGGAAAUUCUUGGCAUGAGAUUCUAAAAUGCAUCAGCCAGCUGGAGUUAGCACAGCUGAUAGGAACUGGAGUUAAAACACGCUAUCUCUCUGGGUCUGGUCGUGAGAGGGAAGGGAGUCUCAAAGGUUUCACAUCUGGAGGAGAAGAUUUCAUGGGACUUGGACUGGGUAACUUUGUUGGUGGAAGUGUUGAUAGAAGACAAAUAGCCUGCAUUCAGGAAUCUGUGGGAGAAACCAGUUCUCAAAGUGUGGUGGUAGCAGUGGACAGGAUAUUCACUGGUUCUACUAGACUAGAUGGAAAUGCUAUAGUUGAUUUUGUUCGAUGGCUGUGUGCGGUUUCCAUGGAUGAGUUGGCUUCCCCUCACCAUCCCCGGAUGUUUAGCUUACAGAAAAUAGUUGAAAUCUCCUAUUAUAACAUGAAUAGAAUUAGACUGCAGUGGUCCAGAAUAUGGCAUGUAAUUGGAGAUCACUUUAACAAGGUUGGCUGCAAUCCUAAUGAAGAUGUGGCAAUUUUUGCAGUUGAUUCUUUGAGGCAACUGUCCAUGAAGUUUCUUGAAAAGGGGGAGUUAGCCAAUUUUCGAUUUCAGAAAGACUUUUUGAGGCCUUUUGAGCAUAUCAUGAAGAAGAACAGAUCCCCAACUAUUCGGGACAUGGUAAUACGCUGUAUUACUCAGAUGGUGAACUCUCAAGCUGCUAAUAUUCGCUCAGGGUGGAAAAAUAUGUUUGCAGUGUUUCAUCAAGCAGCAUCUGAUCAUGAUGGGAAUAUUGUGGAGUUGGCAUUCCAGACAGCAGCACAUAUAGUUACUACUAUCUUUCAACAGCAUUUUCCUGCAGCCAUAGAUUCAUUCCAGGAUGCUGUCAAAUGUUUAUCAGAGUUUGCCUGCAACGCCUCCUUUCCUGAUACCAGUAUGGAAGCAAUUAGACUUAUUCGUUACUGUGCAAAAUAUGUUUCUGAAAGACCACAGGUUUUGAGAGAAUAUACAAGUGAUGACAUGAAUGUAGCAACUGGAGACAGGGUUUGGGUUAGAGGAUGGUUCCCUAUUUUGUUCGAACUUUCUUGUAUCAUCAAUCGGUGCAAGCUAGAUGUGCGGACAAGGGGUCUAACAGUUAUGUUUGAAAUCAUGAAGAGCUAUGGCCAAACAUUUGAAAAGCACUGGUGGCAAGAUCUAUUUCGAAUUGUAUUUAGAAUAUUUGACAACAUGAAGCUUCCAGAGCUGCAAACAGAGAAAUCUGAAUGGAUGACUACUACCUGUAAUCAUGCACUUUAUGCAAUCUGUGAUGUAUUUACCCAGUUCUAUGAAGCUCUGAAUGAAAUUCUUCUUGCUGACAUAUUUACACAGUUACACUGGUGUGUAAAACAAGACAAUGAACAGUUGGCUCGAUCAGGUACGAACUGCUUAGAAAGUCUGGUAAUAUUAAAUGGGGAAAAAUUCAGUCCUGAAGUUUGGGACCAAACCUGCAAUUGUAUGCUAGACAUCUUCAAAACUACCAUUCCUCAUGUUUUGCUGACAUGGAGGCCAGCAGGGAUGGAAGAUGAUUCAUCUGAAAAACACCUGGAGGUAGACCUGGAUCGCCAGUCUUUAAGUAGUAAAAAUGCUUCAGAAAGAGGGCAGAGCCAGUUUUCAAAUCCCACAGAUGACAGCUGGAAAGGAGGCCCUUAUUCAAACCAAAAACUCUUUGCCAGCCUCCUCAUAAAAUGUGUGGUCCAGCUGGAAUUGAUUCAGACAAUUGACAAUAUAGUAUUUUACCCAGCAACAAGUAAGAAAGAAGAUGCUGAACAUUUGGCUGCUGCUCAGAGGGACACACUAGAUACAGAUAUACAUAUUGACACUGAAGACCAGGGAAUGUACAAAUUCAUGUCUUCCCAACAUCUGUUCAAGUUACUGGAUUGUCUGCAAGAGUCCCAUUCAUUUUCAAAAGCUUUCAACUCAAAUUACGAACAAAGGACCGUCCUAUGGAGGGCAGGGUUCAAGGGCAAAUCAAAGCCCAAUCUUUUAAAACAAGAGACUAGCAGUUUGGCUUGUUGUCUAAGAAUUCUCUUCCGAAUGUAUGUUGAUGAAAACCGCAGAGAUUCCUGGGAAGCUAUACAAGAGAGGCUCCUGAAUGUGUGCAGUGAAGCUUUGGCCUAUUUUAUCACUGUGAAUUCUGAAAGCCAUCGAGAGGCUUGGACCAAUCUCUUGUUGCUACUUUUAACAAAAACACUAAAAGUCAGUGAUGAAAAGUUUAAAGCACACGCAUCAACAUAUUACCCCUAUUUAUGUGAAAUAAUGCAGUUUGAUCUGAUCCCAGAACUCCGAGCUGUGCUGAGGAAGUUUUUCCUGCGCAUUGGUGUAGUGUUCAGAGUUUGGAUUCCUGAAGAACACUUGCGAACAACAGGGACUCAAUCCCUUGCAUGGUAGUUCUGUGACUGCUGUUUACCAAAGCUUGAAUAAUGCUCAGUUCACUGAAUGAAAGCAUAAACAAAGCAAAGAAAAAACGAUAGGUCUCCAAAGAAAAAGAAACUACAAUAAUCUGAACAGCAGGGUUAUAUUGGUCAAUCUGGUAUUUCUGAAGGCUCUUUCAUUACUACUAUAGUUCUGGCUGUCCUAUAGAAAUAGCUGUUCACAUUUGACAACUUAUUGCAGUAAAUGUCAAGUCAUUCUUACCAUUCAGCUUGUCUGUUCAAAUUGAUUUUGCAGUAGUUCCCUCUUAAUACCUUCCAGCUGUUUGCUCAUAAGCUGUUGGAAAUGAUGAAUGAAAACCCUUUAUAUAAGUCUGUGAUGCUAGCAAUUGUAUUAAUAAAUAUUUGAGAAGAUGAAAAUUUAUUUGAAAAUUGGCUGGAGCGUUUCUCCACCAAGAAUGCAUACAGUUGAAAAUGACUUGGUGCUGUCUCUUCUUUCAAUACAGAUUCGAAUGAUUUGGUGCUGUCUAUUGUGUAUAUCUGUAGCAAGAUGGUGACUAGGCAGUAAUAUAUGUAGUCACCCAGUUAAAAUCCAAAGCAGUCUUAUCUCCAUCUCCCUUUUUGCUAAUUCUGCUAUACAUUGCAGAAUGUAAAUGGUAAAUCAUCUUCAGAGCAGCACUGUAUUUUCUCUAGGACUGAUAAUUUUUCAUCAUAUGAAAAUUGCCUUGUUACUGGGUUACUAUCAAUAAAGCAAUCUGCAAAAUGUAUUAUGAAGGAAACACUCUCCCCAGAAACUGUAGGAGAAAACCAAUUCACACUGCCUUUUAAUUAUUUUAUCUCUCAUGACUUGAAUGUUUAAGUAGUUUGAAAGCUUUGAAAAAUGCUUCUGAUUCUUAAUCUCUAAUGAUUAUUAAAUAUUAAGCAAAUGACAAACUCAAAUUCUUUGAUUAAUUUUGAAGUGCACAUUGAAUAAAUCAAAAUUUAUACUCGUAUUUCCCUUUUGGAGUAAUGUAUAGAUUAACAUUUGGGUAGAAACUGUGUAUCUUCAAUGUGUUUUCAGAUAUUUCUAUUUUUGCUGCUGAUCUGUGAGUUAUGGUUGUUUUAAUGGCUUGGUUAAUGCUUUAUUAUUAUAAGUUGUAUAAGACAGGGGAGUCUGGUUCCUAUUGGAACCACUUGAUUUAUUAAUAUAAGUGCACAUGUACUUGUAAAGAAACCUGCUUUCUGGGGCCAGUAGGAAGCAAAGUCAUCGCUCUGUGCUAUUGGCUCUUCUGAAUUUGGGUCCAAGGAGGGAUUUUAAUAUUAUAAUUAUUAUAAGACUAAGUCUUACUAUUCUUGGCCCAAUAAAAAUAGUUUUGUAAGAUAUGGCAGGCAAAUUCUGUAUAGUUGUAAUAAUGUAAUGGUUUCUACAAGAGGGCAGGAAGGAGGUAAUUUCUGUCCAAAUGUAUUAAAAUGCAAAAGUAUUAAAUAUACUUUUUCUUCUGAUUGGCAAAUAUGAACUGUAAGGUGUUAGUGAAGUGGGGAGCAGGGAGACAUGAUACGUGGGUGAUACGCAGCCCUAAGGAAAAGUCCUGAAAAGGUUCGACCCAAGGUGACAAGUGUGAUGAAGAAAGUGAAACUUCUAGCGCUGUAAAUUGAAUCUGGCUACUAACACUGUUAUCAUCGUUACAAUUAGGGAAGAGCUAUGGCAGGAUUUUCUUUUAAACACUAGUGCGCUAUCUCAAAGAGUUUCAGUAAUAAAGCGGUAUAAGUUUUGCUUUUUUUUUUUUUUUUUUGGCACUUCGCAGACAUAAAAAGUUUUGGACGUUUUAUUUUCUCUACCAAAGACUUUUGUACAUAGCAAGUGAAAAAUAUUGUUUUCUGUGAAAUAUGUUGGAAAACAUAUAAACAGUUCAUUAGAAAGGAUUGUAAUAAAACAGCUUACUUAUUUAGUUAUUUAUGUUUGCAGUGAAAAGUUGGAUUUCACUGUGUGCAGAAAAAAAGUUAUUUAUUUUUAUAUCCUGUUAUUUUAAUCCUUUUACUGACCAGAAUUCUUCUUUAAUUGGACUGCUUUUCCCCAUUUCUAUAAUUCUGAUGUCAAUAUGUUCUGCAAAUACAGCGUGGUCUUCCCCCCCACCCCUUAAAUGUUUUCUGUUCAGAUGUGCACCUCUUUGACUUCAUUAAAGAAGCAUGGCAACACUGCAAGUAAUGUUUAGAACCUGAAUAAAAAGUGCAAUAUCCAUAGGGUUUAAAAUAGUUAUCUUCCAAAGUUUUGCAAUGUAAAGCACUGUGAAGAAGCUUCUUUUGUGUGAUCUUUACUUAUACACAGAAUAGAAUGAUCAUAAAACUUAAAGCCUAGUCAGUAGUAUUAAAUUAUUCAUUUUCUUAGGAAAGCUUUAUUUAGCAGCCAACAGCUACAUUUUCAAAUGGCUAAGACUUUAAUUAAAAACAUAGGUGGGAAUCUAAUAACCAUGUAAUUAUCAUGAAGGGUAGCACGUGAGUAUCUGUGUGCGUGUUUGUAUGUGUUUGAAGAUGUUCCAUAAUAGCCUUUCUUUGUGAUAUUCCUGAAAAUUGUGAAGAAUGGUAAUAAUGGUACAUGUAUUAUUUGAAUGUAUUUUUAUAAUGAGUGUGGGCAUCAAUACUGCUUAGUUUUGGCAACACCAAUUUCCAUGGACAAUCGUAAUAAUGUUAGGAAUAUUCUCUAAAAUUUUCUAUGGUAAUUGAUUUAAGAUCAGAUCAUAAAACAGGUUCUGCAGAGUAAACCAAUGUUUCUUGUAUCUUUCUUUAAACACUCAUAAAAUUUUGUUUGAGCUGGCCGCAUAACAGAAUUCUAUAUUAUGAAUCCAGUGCAAGAUGAAUUGUCUGUGUGACACACAAUUCCAGUGUACAGGCAGUCGUUGAUCUCUUACCAAUUGUAGUAAACCUUAGACUUGCAUGUUGAGCUAUAGUUGCCUCUUCCCUCUUUGAUAUGAAUCUCCCCUUCUUUUGCCAGCAUUAUCUUUGCUUUGAUUUUAUAUCUUUAGUAGCAGCAAUUGUGAUAAACACGAAAUAAAUUCUUUCUGAAUCAAAUUUGCAGCACUGAUUCUACCAGGUUUGCAACACUAAUUUAAAAUAAUAGUUUUGAUUACCAUUAAUUGUGGCCACAGCUAACAGCAGAUAAAGUAUUAAUCUUAUCAUUUCAGCCAAAGAACAGGAAUGCAGAAAUAGUAGUAAAAAAAAGAGGUAAGAAUGUAGAACUUGGUCAUUCAACGCUUGGUCUUAUAAGUACUCUUACAUUCUGAAAUAGUUCUGGUGAAGUCACGCUGCAAACAUUGAAUACACUGUGCAAAAAGUGUACAGAGUUAUAUGUAAUCUAAUACUUGGAGGAAAUAUUUUACAGUAAAUGAGCUAGAAAAAAGCCCAGCAGUAGCAACAAAAGCAUCAAAGUGAUUGCUCCCUGGGUUAUCAGGUGGAGCAAAGCAUAAAGCAUUGCUCACUUCAGAGUUUAGGAAGGGGUAGUAUUACAUUAUAUUCUAAAAUACCAAUCCCAGUAAAAAAUUUCCCAUUCCCCUAUUUUAAAUUGAGAAUGAGGUUGAAAACCCACUUAUUUAAAAUCUGCAAAUUUGCACAUAAGGGCCUUUUAAAAACAAACAACAUUGAAUAAAAAAUUGCUUAAAUGCUUGGUGCAUUGCAUUUUAAAGAAUAAUUCACCACUGUUAUACUCCCACUGAGGUUAACGUAAGCCAGUAUAAAUUGCCAGUGAAAUUUGUCCCUAUUAAUAAAUAUGUUACAGUUCAAUCAGAUGGUGUGAUGUGAUUCUUGGCUUGAAGCAACAGAAAAUUUUGAUUUGUGAGAGGUGCAGUUCUUUAAAUGUCUUGAUAUUUUUGUCCAGAAUAUCUCUUUGCAACUUUAAAUAAAAUAUACUUUGUGCAAAAUGUAUGUUUUAUCUAUAUAAUGCUUAAAAUUAGUUAUAAGCUACUUUUUUUCUUAAGAGACCUUCUAUUAUGAAGUACAUUUAAUAUCAUUAAGUUAAUGAAAAGCAUUCCUUGCCCGAUGGAUGUAUACAUUUUUGGGAGAAUAGCAUAAUUAUAUACUGUAAUACAAAGUUAUGUAAAGUUUUUAUAUAAAAUAUUAUGAAGAAUGUUGUAUUCCAUGCUUUAAUCAGGUGGUAAAUAAAGUUUAACAUCAAACAUA